AUGGCGCCGAGCUCGCCGGCUCCCUCGACUCCCAUCGCCCCCUCCCCGGCACAAGCCGCUUUAGCCAUCGCAAUCAUUCGAUCGAAGCCGUUCAAUAUCGCAAUUCGAGACCACGUUUUACACCUGCGCCGUCAAAUAAGGCGCGGUAAGCCCGCCAACAACGAACAGGAACACUGCCGCUACCUCGAUCUAGUCGCGUAUUGGAAGGAUGAAUGCCAAAGAGCUCAGGACGAAUGCGACAGACUCUGUGCCAUCAACAUCAAGCUCGAGCGGUCCAAUCACCUUCUCUCCAACCUGACAAGCAUGAUACCAAACCCUUCUGUCGACUCUGCUUCCGCCACAUCAAAGCGAAAAGCACCGUCGACGGUAGUAGUGAGGGUACCAAAGCGUGCAAAAGUUUCACUCCAGAAACAGGGCGAACAAUCGGCGGCUGGGGCACAAACGACCAUUAACAAUGAUUUCAAUUUUCUUGAUGGCAUGGGCGAGGAUGGUGCGAAACUCACAGAAGCUCUUUAUACAGCCCAUGCGUAUUGCAGAGCUACAAACUUGGAUGCAGAUGCGCUAUGCUCGAGUUUGGUUCAAACAGCCUCCAUGCUGGGUCGAGUUAUUUGUUUUGCGGCUCAUAACUACGAAGCUCUGUCACGACAGGGCCGAAAAACUGUCGAGACCGUUCCUCUACAUCAGGACAAAUCCGACUUUGUAAUAGCGCUAACAGUCUGCGCGCGAACCUUUCUAUCAGUGCUCGUAGGCACCAGUAAGAUGGUGGGCGCAGGACAGGAUACAAGACUCCCAAGUCUAGUGGUAUGCGAACUUGUUGAGAUGUUCAAGACGGCACUUCGCGCAAUUGAAGCAUCUGCUCAUCAAACUGCACAUACAGUCAUCUCCGAGCCCGCACAAUCGAAGAAAGGCAAAGCUAAGCCGCUCGUAGACACUGUGAGAGAGUCUCCAUCCGCCCGAGCAUUGGCGCACUUUCUCAUCAGCUUGCUUGGACACCUCGACAAAACCGAUCCAACACACCAGAAGAUCUUCGACGGCUUCGUGUACAUCCUACUCGAGCGAGUUGGAAAGCGAUUAUACUACUGCACUUUCGGACGUCACCGCAGCACCAACGUUGAAAACAACAUCAUGUCCCUACCACAACCUCAGGCAGCGACCGACAUAGCAAAACAAAGCACCGACACGCUCGCUGUUCGGUUCGAGGUCAAGGCGUUGAUUCUCGUUCUUGAACGAGCUAUGGGGCUGGCUCCGCAUCACAUGAAUGCUCAUUCCACGAAGAUAGCGAAAACAAAUCGACUUGGCCGCACAUUGAGUCUAAAAACCCUUCCUACCACGUCAAGAGCCCGUCUGAGUCCGAUUGCAAAGGAGCGCCUCCAACGUACGCUGAUCGCGUGUAUGUAUGGGGAGACAGCCCAUGAUGAAUUCCUCGACGUACUCACCGAGCCUGUACCUACCAUGCGUUUGGGCUCACUGCAGAGCAUGGCUAAAGUCGAUAACAAAGACGUGGAGGAAUGGUAUCGGAAGGAAGUUUGGAGAUUAGUGGGGUGGGAUGUUCUUGCGAAGGAGAACGGCUGGUGA